CUAGCUUCUCGUUGUUGCUAUUCAGAAUCACUAUCUUCUGUUGUGUAGUAGCUGAAAUUCCCUGAGACGAAUCCAUUCUCAGCUUGUUUGAUUUGUUGCAGGAGAUUCUCUUCUUCUUAAUGGGAAAGCUAACGUUGAAGAACGAGAAUGUAGGUGAAGGGGAAAUUUUGUAAUCUAGAGAAAUGUGAGGAACAGAUUGCAAUUUAUGGAAAAGAGUUUCCAUUGUUGUUUCAUAUUACAGUAUAGUGGACUGAAUAUGAUAAAUCUUGUUUUGGGUGGAGAUAUGGGUGUAAAUUGGACGAAUUAUAAGUUUAUAGUUAUAAUAGUAAAAGGACAAACUUUAUCGGGGCGAAUAUGUAAAAACGGGACAGACUGUAUAUGAAGCGCGUCUAAGAAAAGCUACGUUUGGGUUUUUGAAGCAUUUCCCCUUUUAGAGAAGAGAGCUGUGUUGGUUUUUGAGGUAAAAGAAGAGACCCAAUUUCGAUUUGGAGGAUAGAGACGAAGAAGAAGACAGCUCCGAUGGCUGAUCCUGAACUAGAAGCUAUUAGACAGAGGAGAAUGCAAGAGCUCAUGGCUCGACAAGGCAUGGGUAAGCAGGGCAAUCAGCAGAAUCCAGAGCAAGAGAAACAGCAGGAAGAUGCUAAAAGGGAAGCUGAUGAACGUAGGCAAAUGAUGCUUAGUCAAGUAUUGUCUUCUCAAGCCCGAGAGAGAAUUGCUCGAAUUGCUCUGGUGAAACCUGAGAAAGCUAGAGGUGUGGAGGAUGUUAUUUUGAGGGCUGCUCAGAUGGGACAGAUAGUUGAGAAGGUUUCUGAGGAACGGCUUAUAACACUGUUGGAACAAAUAAACAGCCAAACUACCAAGCAAACGAAAGUCACGUACCAACGGCGCCGUGGGGUGGACGACGAUUAGGAAGGAAGAAGAAUAUUAUGAUGUGCUUUGUAUAUCUAUGGAGAUCUCACUGUUAUGUUAGUGAGUUCACUUAAGAUCUACUUAAAUGUUUCUGUUCAAUAUGUUUAUUGUGAGUGAAUCUUGAUUAUCUUCCAAACACUUGGGAUGAGAUUAAAGCAAUCUGAAACUGAAGCUCUACAUUUUUAUUUUUGGCAUUUCCUCUGUGUGAUCUAUCUCCAUCUUCGUCUCUCUUCCCAUUGCCUGUUAUGAUUUGAAUAUUAUUAGAAAGAAAAAUGGUUCUGUUCUAAUUGUAAUUCUCAUAAAAUUGAUGUUGUUAUUACUAAUUCAUGGCAUUCUCAA